GGAAGCAGCCGGGCAGGCGGGCUAGGUCGCUCAGGGCUCGGUGGAGUCGGCGUUGGGGCCGCGAUAACACGCCUGUGUUGAGACUCACUCCGUCUCAGUCCGCCUGUUGCUCCCGGCCCAGGCAGCACGCGCCAGCCACGAGCCCGCAUUAUUUCUCUGUGCUUGCACCGCAGCUGGGGGAGAAGAGCAAAAAUCAGCAUCAUGUCAACUUAUUCUAAGAGCUACAACCCGUUUGACGAUGACGAUGAAGAUUUGAAGCCGGUGAGGUGGAAUGAUGGAGCGGAUGACAACCUGGAGGACCCUGUGGAGAGACAGCGCAGGGAGGCUGCCAACAAGCAGCGGUACAUGCAGCAAGAGGUGCUGAGGCGAUCGGCAGCCACGGUGGACAGCACGCACCGCUCGCUCUCUCUCAUUUACGAGUCGGAGAAGGUCGGGGUGGCCACUUCAGAGGAGCUUGUACGUCAGGGUGAGGCAUUAAAGCGCACUGAACAAAUGGUGGAUAAAAUGGAACAGGACUUAAAGACUAGUCAGAGACACAUAAAUAACAUUAAAAGUGUCUUUGGUGGUUUUGUAAACUACUUCAAAUCCAAACCUCCAGAAACCAAGCCUGAGCAGAAUGGAGCACCCGAGUACUAUGCAAACAGCAGACUAAAAGAAGCCAUGGCCAGCAGUAAAGAACAAGAAGCAAAGUACCAGGAGAGUCAUCCAAAUUUAAGGAAGCUAGACAAUUUAGAGUGUGAAAUCAGUGGGGCCAAUUCAGGUUAUUCUGUCCAGCCUGACAUUUAUCCAAAGAAUCAACAUGUUCGUGCCUACCACCAGAAAAUUGACAGCAACUUGGAUGAGAUGUCCUCUGGGCUGAGCCGUCUGAAAAACCUAGCCCUGGGUCUGCAGACGGAAAUUGAUGAACAGGACACCAUUCUUGACCGGUUAACCCAAAAAGUCGAGACUCUGGAUGUCAAUAUUACCAGCACUGAAAGAAAAGUCCGAAAACUUUAAAGACUUCACAGAAAUUCUUUGUGUAGUAUGUGAUCCUGGAUGGUUCAUCUUGCCAGAUUUCUUAAAAAAGAAAAAAAAAAUCUUGGGCAAUUCCCAUUUCUUUCUCUGGUAUGUUAGUGACUUAGCUAUCAUUAAAAUGGCAUAAUCUUGAGUGAACCAUCAGAUUUAACACUCUUCUUCUUAGUGAACACAUAAAAGGUCACUCUGGGCAGCACAUCUUUUUGCAGCUGGCUUAAGGGUAAAGGCCUUAGUGCUGGAUGCCCUGUUCGGGUGUAUUAGUGUGUCACAUGUCCCUGGCCACAGAGUAAGAAGAAAAACUAUGUUUUUGCCUCACUUCUUGCAAAGAAAAGUAUAGUGUGUUCUGCCCAUUUUAGAACAGAUACUGCUAAUUUUAAAAGUUUAGUCUAUUUUAAAUGCUGAAAACGCAGUUUUUGAGCUGCAAGAAUUAACUCUAAAUAUUUUCCACUGGCACUUCAGUGGAUACUUCUGAGAUUCUUAUCCAACAAUCUGUUUGACAAAAGUUAUAACAUGUCAGGUGUGGCAUGCAGUUAUGCUGUCUUUAAGUGUGUUGAUCUCCCUUUUGCCAAAGAGAAAGCAUUUAACAGGCUCACUUUAGUAGCAUUGAGAUAAUAGCCAAAUGUUAAUUUUUAACCGAGAAAGGCCCUAGUCUAGUAAAAAUUACUGUGUGUAAAGGUACAUGCCUUUGUUAACAUUUGCAGACCAGGACC